AUGCAAUUGGAAGAAGGUUCAUCUGAACAGUUGGAUCUUACAAUUAAGGCCACACGUGCUGAAGUCGAGCUCACGUAUUUGAAGAUCAAAGGGUUUCUGAAAUCAAAACUACAAAAACCAAGUACGUCAAACACUAUUGCUACCCAACAAAUUGUACAACCAGUGAACAGUGUCCAGUCUAGAGUUAAGCUGCCGGAAAUAAAACUUCCGCAUUUCGAUGGAUCCAUUCGGGAUUGGCCUACAUUCCGAGACACUUUCAAAUCGCUGAUUGAUUCUACUCCUCAGCUCAGCAAUGUAGACAAAUUUUCGUACUUAGUCUCGUCCCUUUCGAAAGAAGCAAAACGUGUAAUCGAAGUUAUUGAGGUUACAUCAGCAAACUAUUGUGUAGCGUGGGAACUAUUAGAAAAGAGGUACGAGAACAAAUACCUCAUUGUUAAAGCGUACAUCGAUGCGCUAUUCAAUGUCGAGCCUAUGAAAAGGGAGUGCUAUGACUCUCUCAACAAGCUCAUCGAUGAAUACGAACGUAACCUUCGAAUGCUCGAGAAGGUUGGUGAGCACCCGGAGGACUGGAGCACACUUCUCGUUUUCAUGCUCAGUUCAAGGCUUGACAUCGCUACCAUGCGUCACUGGGAGACGCAUAGAAGAUCCACUAAUGUUCCUACGUACCAAGAACUGAUCGAUUUCUUGAGAAGUCACAGUUUGAUCCUGCAAUCUGUAGCAGCUUCGAAACCUCGAUCUAGUGAACCUACCCGUACAACUUCCUCAACUCGUAACGCCUCCUCCAAACUAACCUCGGCGCAUUCCGCCAUAUCGUCGUCGCAGAAAUACUGCGUUUUCUGCAAGCAAUCCUCUCAUUCGCCCUUCCAUUGUGAAGCCUUUCGGAAGAUGACCGCUACCGAGCGGUUCGAAUCAACCAAAAAGAAUUCGCUGUGCAUCAACUGCCUUUCUCCUUCCCAUCAAAUGAAGAACUGUUCGAGUGGAGCCUGUCGAGUGUGCAACCAAAAACAUCAUACGAUGCUGCAUCAACGAACCAAUCAACCCUCUACUAGCCAACCAACCCAAACCCAACCAUCGAAGUCGUCGUCGUCGCCUGGUUCACAGUCAUCCUUUUCGCCGUCCGCUCAAACAAACCACUCGCAGUCCUCUCAUGCAAGCAAGCCCUCAACUUCGUCUAUUGAGAACCAAGCCCCCACAAUCUCUGCCCUUUCGACCCAAUACGCCUCAUCGUCGCUCACCAAACAACAUCAUCGUGUUCCUUCAACGGUGCUGCUGUCUACAGCUCUGGUCAAAGUCUUUGAUCCAUCGGGAAAAUCCUUGUGGGCCAGAGCUCUGCUGGACUCCGGAUCCCAGCUGAAUUUCGUAUCGGAGCAACUCGUCCAGAAGCUGAAGCUGAAACGAUCCAAAGAUUUUCUUCCUAUCAGCGGUGUUGGAUUGUCGUCUACCUCUUCCAAAUAUUCGGUCGUCGCUCGUAUCCAAUCCCACCACGCAGACUUCGAGACCACUUGGAGAUUCCAUGUCCUUUCGAGGAUUACAAUGGAGUUACCAACACAAGCAGUGGAUGUAUCCAGCCUUCAGUUACCUUCGGACAUUGUUCUUGCUGACCCUUCGUUCGGGGAACCCGGUCCAAUCGACCUAAUUUUCGGCGCAGAGAAUUUCUUUGAUUUGAUGCGAGAAGGUCAAGUCAAAACUGGCCCCUAUCAACCCAGCCUACAAAAUACGGCACUAGGAUGGGUAGUAUCAGGGAAGGUCCAGUCAGGAAUCGUACAAUCUUCGGUCGUCAACCUUGCCUAUUCCACUGCAACCAUCGAAGAACAACUAGCUCGAUUCUGGGAGAUCGAGUCUUGCCAAACUAGUAGCACUUUGUCGUUGGAAGAAACUGCCUGUGAGGAGCACUUUGCCAAAACAACUACCCAGGAUUCAACUGGUCGAUUUGUCGUUGCUCUUCCAAAACGUGAGACAGCCUUUGCAAAACUUGGCAGUUCAAAAGUCGUUGCUACUCGUCGGUUCCUGUCCCUUGAACGUCGGCUCAACGCUGAUCCUCAACUGAAGCAAGCAUACACAGCGUUCAUCAACGAGUACGCGGAGCUCGGUCACAUGAAGCUAGUGGACAAUCUAGAAACGCAGCUACCAACCUACUUUCUACCACACCAUUGUGUUGUCAGACCAGACAGCAUUACUACAAAGCUGAGAGUGGUCUUCGACGCAUCUUGCGCAACGGAUACAGGAGUGUCGCUGAAUGACACUCUCAUGGUGGGUCCACAAGUGCAAGACGAUCUUGUCACCAUUAUCUUGCGCUUUCGCAUUCCACAGUUUGCCAUCAUCUCCGACAUCGAGAAGAUGUAUAGGCAAAUUGGAAUGAACCCGAACGAUCAGAUGCUUCAACUGAUCCUUUGGAGAGAUUCUCCUUCAGAACCAAUCCGGACAUACCAACUCACAACCGUGACGUAUGGUACAUCGUCCGCUCCGUACCUCGCAACAAAAUGUCUGCAAACACUCGCUGAAAUCGGAUCGACAAGCCAUCCAGCAGCAGCUGCUGUCGUGGGCAAGGAUUUUUAUAUGGAUGAUCUGCUCACUGGUGUCAACAGUAUCGAAGAAGGUCAGGAACUUGUACAGCAGCUACUCCAGUUGAUGAAUUCGGCUGGACUACAACUUCGUAAGUGGGCAUCCAAUUGUCCACAGAUUCUUGAAGUCGUCCCUGAACACUUAAGGGAUGAGCGUACACUUCUCGAUCUCGAAGCAGCUUCUCCGGUUAAAACUCUCGGCCUGCAAUGGAACACUCGCACGGACGAAUUCUGCUUUGAGGUGCCGAAGCACAGUGAUGUCUACCCUAUAACCAAGCGCAUCGUUCUUUCGGAUAUCGCUCGGCUCUUCGAUCCACUGGGACUUGUUGGUCCAGUGGUAGUGCAAGCGAAGCUGUUCAUGCAACAAUUGUGGAGAGAAGGAAAAACCUGGGACGAUGAACUCAGUGACUCUGCUCAACAACUUUGGGCAGAAUUUCGACAAAACUUGCAGGACAUAGCGAACUUAAGCGUUCCACGGUGGGUACUUGCUACUCCAAGUGUAGUUUCUGUUGAACUACAUGGGUUUUGUGACGCCUCAACUCGCGCCUAUGGUGCCUGCAUCUACGUAAGGACAGUUGCAUCGAACGGAGAUGUCUUCGCAAACCUGCUCACUGCAAAAUCCAAGGUGGCUCCACUUGGAAACUCGAAACGAAACCCAACCAUAAGUCUGCCGCGUCUAGAGCUCUCUGGCGCGCUUCUUCUAAGCCACCUCUUCGAAAAGGUCGAAUCCAGCACCAGUCUCCAUGCCAGGAGUUUCUUCUGGACGGAUUCAACGAUAGUCUACCAUUGGCUAUCCUCUAACCCAUCUCGUUGGAAAACGUUCGUGGCAAACCGGGUGUCGGAGAUCCAACGAAUCACUGCCAAAGGAAUCUGGGCACACGUGCCUGGUCUAGAAAACCCAGCGGACGUCAUUUCCAGAGGAAUGCCUCCAAACGAACUAAAAGAUUUCACCCCUUGGUGGAAUGGACCCGACUGGCUUCGACAGCCCUCUCGUUUCUGGCCAUCGCUUACUGCUCCUGUUCACGAAGAAUUCCCGCCUGACCAGCUCGAAGAACGUAUCGUAGCACUGCCAGCACAAAUCAUCCAGCCAAACGAAUUGUUUUUGCUGUAUUCAUCGUUCACGAAGUUGGUACGCAUCGUAGCUAUCAUUCUUCGGUUUCGCCACAACUCAAACCCUCAGAAUCGGGACGAGAAACGAACGGGGUUCCUAUCUGCAGUCGAACUAGUUCAAAGUACAGAACAGCUAGUGAAGAUCGCUCAGGAAGAAAGGUUUCCUCACGAUAUCGCGGAUGUGCUUCGCUAUGGGCAGGUCAAAAGGAAUUCGCGGUUGAAAAUGCUUCUUCCACACCUGGCGAAUGGCAUAUUGCGUGUCGGUGGCCGGCUGAGGAACGCUCCAGUGCCGUACAACCAACGACAUCCUAUGAUUCUGCCGGACAAGCAUCCACUGACUGACCUGAUCCUGAAGUUCUACCACCUCAACAACCUCCACGCUGGACCCCAGCUGAUAACAGCUGCAGUUAGGGAACGAUUCUGGCCACUUCGUAUUCGCGACCAAGCGCGACAAGUGGUACAUUCGUGUCUAAGAUGUUUCCGCUGCAAACCUGACGUCAUGGAACAGCUCAUGGGCGAACUACCAACAGAACGAGUUACGCCUACGCUACCAUUCCUUCGCUCUGGAGUGGACUACUGUGGGCCCUUCUUCUAUCGUACAAGCAGAAAAGGGGCUCCUACCAAGUGUUACGUCGCCAUUUUCGUCUGCAUGGUGACAAAAGCUGUUCAUGUCGAAUGUGUAGCAGAUUUGUCCACAAGUUCUUUCAUCGCCGCCCUGAGACGUUUCGUUGCCCGGCGAGGGAAGCCACAAUUAAUCGAGUGCGAUAACGCGCUAAAUUUCAGAGGUGCCAAGCGUGAGCUGGACGAGCUUGUCCGUCUCUUUGGCACUCAACAACACCAGCAUCUCGUAACCAGUAGAUGUGCUGAAGAUGGUAUCUCGUUCAAGUUCAUACCACCGAGAUCCCCAAAUUUCGGUGGCCUUUGGGAGGCCGCUGUCAAAUCUCUCAAGAAGCAUCUUCGUAGCACUCUACUGAACACUAUUCUGUCGCUGGAUGAAUUUCUAACUCUCCUCACACAAACUGAAGCCUGUCUCAAUUCUCGUCCACUGACCCAGCUCACUGCAGAUCCAAACGACCUCGAGGUGCUCACCCCAGGGCAUUUUCUGGUCCAUCGUCCACUCAUCGCAAUACCCGAGCCAAGCCUGGCUGAUGUUCCGAUGAAUAGGCUCGACCGGUAUCAGCAGACCCAGGAAUACGUUCGUCGGAUAUGGAAGCAGUGGCAGUCCGAAUACCUUUCUGGACUGCAGCCUCGAACUCGUUGGACUCACCAGCGGGACAACAUCAAAGUGGGUACAAUGGUCUUGCUGAAGGACGACAACCUUCCACCGAUGAAGUGGAGACUAGGACGAGUGACGCAGGUGUUCAGAGGAGACGACAACUUCGUUCGAGUGGUGGCAGUUCGGACAAAGGACGGCGAGUUCCGGCGUGCCAUUACAAAGAUCUGCGUGUUACCAAUCCAGCAACCCGGCGGAGAUCCAUCCGCUGACGAACCAGAAGGAAAUUAG